UUACUAAUUCUGUGGCCCGUUACAUUGAGUUGUCUGCUGAAAAAUAUACUGAAAGGUUGUUCGGAUUUCCCAAAUAUUUUCUUGGAUAAAAAUUUGGAUCGUCAAACCAUGGUUGUUCUCGAAAACAGUGCGUUUCUCACGGCGCUCACUUUAAUGUACCAAAAAGCCAGGUUGCAAGGAUCAGUAAGGGUGACACUAAAACGAUAUGAUGGAAGAAAGAAACCGAUACCCAGAGUUGAACAAAGCAACAAAGAAGAGCCAGAAUACAGUUGCAUUUUCAGAGCAACUCUGGGAAGCAAGAAAAUAAGCACAAUAGUAACUGCAGGUCUUCUAUCAGAAUUUCAGACUAGUUUCAGCUCCACUAUUCGAUCCAACAUGGAUGGCCUGAAAAAGCAAAAGAAAUCUAAGGGGAAACGUAAAUCUAAAGCUAUGGCCACACAAUAACCUAUCAUUCCCAGAUCCAAUCUAUGGUGGAAAAUAAACAAAAGCAUUGUAUAAAAAUGUU